GUUCUGAUUGGUCGGAGCUGUGACUCCUGCUGGGUAUAAAACCCCUCCCCCUCCUGAAGAGAGAGCAGACGGAGCGCGCGACACUUUCUCUCAGCUUUACCGGAACAUUGAGAGAUGUGCUGAGUGUUUAUUGGAUCAGUGAGAGAUAAAGAGAAGAAGAGGGAGAAAACGAUGGCGCUCAAAGCCCUGAUUUUCCUCACAGUUUCUCUCCAUCUUUCAUCAGCAGUCACAUACUCUCUGCAGUACUUCUACACUGGAGCUACAGGAAUAAAUUUCCCAGAAUUCACUGCUGUUGGUCUGGUGGAUAGAGAGCAGUUUGUGUACUAUGACAGUAACAUCAGGAAGGUGAUCCCAAAGACGGAGUGGAUACAGAAGGUCGACACUGACGAUCCGGAUUACUGGAACAGACAGACACAGAGUGCGCAGGGUUCUCAGGAGUGGUUCAAAGCCAAUUUGCCUAUCGUAAUGCAGGGCUUUAAUCACACUGCAGGAGUUCACACAUAUCAGAGGAUGUACGGCUGUGAGCUGGAUGAUGACGGCACCACUAGAGGAUACGAUCAGGAAGGUUAUGAUGGAGAAGAUUUCAUCAGUUUUGAUCUGAAAACUCUCACCUGGACUGCAGCUAAACCUCAAGCUGUGAAAACCAAACACAAGUGGGAUAAUAAUCCUGGUAACACUGUGCGCUGGAAGGGCUACCUGGAGAACAGGUGUAUCGAGUGUAUAAAGAAGUACGUGAAUUAUGGCAGAGAGACUCUGGAGAGGAAAGUUCGUCCCGAGGCGUCAGUGUUCCACAAACACUCUCCUUCUCCAGAGGUGGUGUGUCACGCUACAGGUUUCUUCCCCAAAGCAGUGAUGAUCACCUGGCAGAAGGACGGAGAGGACCUGAUUGAGGACAUGGAGCUCACAGAGACGUUACCCAACCAGGAUGGAAGCUUCCAGAAGAGGAGCAUUCUGAAAGUCCCAGCUGAGGAGCUGCAGAAACACAAAUACACCUGCGUGGUUCAGCACAGCAGCUUGGGGGAGGAGAAGAUAGUCCUAGAAGUACCGAAAGAUGGAGGAUCAGAUGGAGGGCAGAUUGGAGUCGUCAUUGGUGUCGUUGUGGCCGUCGUCGCUCUCGUUGCUGUUGUCGCUGCUGUUGUCUUCUUGACGAAGAGGAACUCUGGAUUCAAACCUGUUCCCCCCAAACCCUCCUCUGAAGGAGAUUCUUCCUCCAACAACUCUUAAACUGAGGCUGUGUGUCUUCCUGCUGGAGUGAGAGAGAGAGAGGAGGAGAUGGAGAUGAGGAACACACACGCAGACACACACACGUUACUCCAGUGGGUAAUCUGCUCUCGGUGUGGGAUUUUUAUUUUAUGGCUUUUUAUUGUGAAUCUGUUAUUGCUGUAAAAUGGGAUUAUUAGAUUGUUCGGGUUUUUUCGGUGUAAAUUCUCAUAAUUUGUGUUUGGGUUAGAUGUGAGUGUGUAUGAGCUUCUUUCCUCUGUUCAUUUAUCCCCUGAUUUACUGCAGAAUUUAAUCCCGUCAUAACGUCAGGACACGACAGGUUUGAUUUCCGUCUUUGACCUUUUAAUCCAGUGCGAUUUUCCUCAGCAGCUGUUUGUGGAGCUGAUUUGUGCGUCUCAGACAGGAAGUGUGUGAAGCUUCAGAUGUGAUGCGUGUUGAACAGAUUUGACUAAAGUGUAAAAGAUGAGGAGUGACGCAGCAGAAGCAGGAGUUCAUGCUGGAUGAUCAGCGCUCAAAGCUUUUAUUUUCUCCACAAGUGGAAAACACAAAGCAGCUAAAUGACAUGGCACUGAUUCCAUUAUUGAUUAUUUAACUCCAUUUAAAGCAAAAACCAAUCCGUUCAACACGCUGACGCAUCUGUACGACCCGAAUCUCUCCCACAAUCCCUCUGUUCUGUCUGUGGAACUCUGAGUGAAUAAUAAAGUGUAUUUUCUUCA